AUGGCGAAGCAAAAUUUUGUUGGGCUAGUUGUUUCCCAGGGGAAGAUGAACAAGACUGUUAAAGUCAGAGUUUUGGGAAAAGUUUAUGAUCGAAGGGUCGACAAGGAGAUUGUUCGUCGUAAAGAUUACCUCGUGCAUGAUCAAGGUAAUAUCUGUAAAGAAGGAGAUGUGGUACGAAUUGAAAGUAUACCUAAGCUUUCAAAGCGUAAAGCGUUCGCCAUUGCCGAGAUCAAGGAAAACAGAGGUCAACAAUUUGCAGAGUACGAAGAUAUUGCCAAACGAAGAAUCCAAGAGGAAGACGAGGCCGAGGCACGCAAGUUCCUCGAGCUGAGAAAACAGUUUCUGAACUUGAUCACACAAUUAGAAGAUUUGAAGAGGCUAGACGAAUUAAACUUUCUGCUUCAGAACGAAUUGGAUUUGGAAAAUGAUGAUAAGAAGCACGAGUCGUUAAUAAAUGAGGUGAAAUCAAUAAGAGAAAAGUACGGAAUCAAAUCAUGGCCCACUACUGAGCCUGUGGUUGAUUUGGAAUUGAAUAAACCAAUUUGGGAAACUGAAACACAAAGGAGGACAUAUUUUAUCAAACAUAUUUUGGACGAAUUAAUGAACAAAGAGAUGUAUAAAGAAUUCAAGGAAAAGGUCUUGCAGAGCUAUUUCAAAGAUAAGCCAAUAGAAGAGGUGAGCAAGGCAAUCCAAAAAAAUGUGUUAAGGAAAUACGUUUUGGAUGAGAAGAAUGAGAUUCCCGUGCAAUUUCCUGCAAAUUAA